CUAAGAUACAGCCUGUGCUUAGUACAGCAUACAUUGUUCCCUUUGGGGAAGAGAACAAAAUACUUUAGCACUCUUCCUGCCUGGCUGGUGUCAAGGGCUGCUUGAAGGGAACUGUGGGCCUUGCUGGAACAAUAGCCAACAGGAAUCAGCACCGACAGGAUCUGUACCUAGCAUCAUGGUCACUUCUGGUUUUUCAUUCCAGUGCAGUGUCUGAGCUGGAUUAAAAGCUCCUGCAACCAGAGGAAAGGCAGCUUGGGUCACUAGAUGGGGGCACCAGGCUAGGAGUCAGGAAACCUAGGUUCAUUGACUUCAAGUCCAGUAGGAACUCUUAUGAUCAUCUAGUCUGACCUCCUGUAUAAAACCCAGACCAGAGAACCUCACCUGCUAAUUUCUGCUUCAAGCCCAUAACUUCUGUUUAAGUUAUUGCAGUGGCUCUGUGCCCGACCUGCUCUGUGACCUCAGACAAGUCACUUCCUCUCUGUGCCUCUGUUUCCUCUCCCACCUUUUGUCUGCUUUCUGUAUUUACAGUGUAAGAGCUCUUCGUGGCUGGGACUGUCUCACUAUGCGUGUGUGCAGCGCACAGCCCAGUGGGCCCCCGAUCUCAGUCAGGGCUUCUAGAUGCUACCGCAAUACAUAAUAAUAAUAAUAAAACAAACACCCCCACUCUCCCCCAGUGGGGUGUAGAUCUCCUUAAUGCAACAGUUACCACUGGGACCCGUCACAUUCUAGACAGCAAGAGGAAGCUUGAAAGUAAAUCGUCCUUCGUUCUACCUUUUUUUUAAAUUAUUAUUAUUUAAAUAAGACAGAACCUGCUCUCCCUUUUCCUAUGGGAGAUGAACAUGGUGUGAUGCUAGUUUAGUGUCCUCAUGAGUCCAUGUAACUCCAAUAGCCCAGAACAUGCUCAGAGUCCCUGGGGGGUAAUUAUUUGGGAGUUAAAAUGUAGAUACCAAGGGCUAGACCCUUGGCUUGUGUAAAUCCAGCUAAGCCCAUGCAGCAGUGCCAAUUUACACUCACCAAGGAUCUAGUCCCAAACUUCUUCAUGACCCCUACAGGUGCUGUCUGCACAGCCGGAGGAAGAGUCUUGCUCUGUGGAGUUAGAGCCAAGACCAGUAAUAGACAGACUUGAAUAUCUAAGGUGCCCAGUUGCAGAGCCACAAGCAACCUAUGUGCAAUGGAGAAGUGUCCACAGUUUCUCUCGCUGGGACCUCACCUUCCGCAUGAUGGGCUGAGAUAAGCUGGUUCACUGGGGUUGUGGCUCCACGCAGGGGAAGUCCUGCUCCGGCCACAGCAAGCACAAGCGUAGGUUUGCUGUGCAGCAGAGGGAAGGCAGGGUUCCCAGAUCCUGUAUGGGGAUGCUGGAGCUCAUCUGCGCUGGAGCGUUGGGGAGGAAACUGAAGGCAGGCUGCUGGCCAUUCCACUGGCAUGUGUACGUAUAGGUAGUGACCACGGCCCUCAGCCAGCAGUAGCAGCUGUGUUGACUACUGUGUGGGAGGAGGAGAGGAAGUAUUUGAAACCCCCCUAGGCCAUCAUCAGAAAGAGCACCCAGGAGACACAGGAAAGGCAGCGCUACAGAACCCGGUUUUGCAGAGACUGCGGGAGCCACAUGGGUCAGAUUUUCAGGACAACAGCAGCACAGUGGGGACUGUAACUGACACAAGUUAACAUGAACAGAGGCUGCAGGGCAUGUGGCACUGGCAACAGGGGCGGUUUCCUACAAGGCGGGGGUAGGGUCUAAGUUAAGAGAGGAGCGAGAGGCUUUGCACUCCUUUUCCAGGCAGUUCCCUGAGAACACUCCUACACCCUGAAACUCAGCAGCUGCUGCCCAGCCCAGACCUGCACGACAGCCACUCAAAGGACGGGAGGGGACUCUUGUAUCCAAGGCUGGAGCACAGGGGCAUGGCUAGGGAGAAGCAGAACAUAGUUGCUUACAAUGGAACAUGCCUCGGGAUCUUACACCAGAGCACAAACAGCUCAGCUGAGGUGACUAACGGGGCAGGUAGGCAGAGCUGACUCAGAGCAGGGAAUUGCCUGCCUAUUUGAUCACCAAUAUCAUUUCCAAAGGAAGUCCAGGGUCCCUCAGGAGGUCUCCCCUGCAACCACUGACCCAGCCUGACCUGCUUAUCUUGCCAGCCCUGUGCAGAUCACAAUGCAACAGCCCUGUGCAGAUCACAACUGCACCACCACUCAGAAGUUCAAGCCAAGGAUGUGAUCCUUUUUAUUCAAGGCCAGAUCCUUAAACCGCUUCCUGACGGCCUAGGAUGCAGUAAGCAAAGGCCCUGCUUAAAACCGUCUAGUGAUUCAAACUUUAUGCAUUCCCAUUCUAGGUCUCCCUCUCUCCUGACUUCACACCAGCUACCCGUAUCACAGUGCUAACGCUCAGCCAGCAGAGAUCGUCCCCAGGCAUUCUUGGGACACACACGCUCCUGGCCUUCCACUCAUCCACACAGCACAGAGUGUAUGCAUCUCCCUAUACUGACAUAGCUAGGAUGGUAACAUGCAUAUAAGGUGCACCUCUUUAUUUAUUGGAAACUGCAGUGCCUGGAGACUGCACUGGCUGCAGAUCAGAGGAUGUGACUUGCAAGUCAUUGCCGCCAUCAACUACAGGCCAUCUUUUACUACAGCAUAGGAAAUGACAAGCACCUUAGCGCAAUGGAGACACGCGCCUUCUCUGACGGGUCCAUUUUUUGUUACAAAUGGACAUAGACCUUCUGGAAAAGUCCAAUUGGAUUUAAUUGGAAUUAAUCCAAUAGGGCUUGGUAGAUAUCCUCCUCUCCCCCCAUUAAAAUCUGUGGGGAUUUAGAGUGAUAUUUUUAAUAAGUUUCCCAAGUCAGUCUAGAGCUUUUUAUUGAAUUCCACAGGAGUAUCCAGAAAACACACAUCUUAACAGAGAAGGAGAACCUCUCUUUCGGAACUUUUCUGUAAGGGGAUCUUGCUUAGAUUAGAGUUUGCUCGGCACACUGCCUUAUCAGUAACCUUUAAUCAUGUUUACUCAGACCCACUGGCCAUUGAGGAUUCUACGCCCAGCACAAAGGUUUGGUUCCUCUGGAUUCCAGGGAAAAUGCUUCACUUACUCAGCACAUUACAAGUGUGCUUAUUUGAUGCUUCCUACGGCAGGGCCAGCGCCCAGAUAGAGUCUGAACCUUCUCUUAUGCAGUAGGUUCUACUUUCCCAGACUGAGGCCGAGUUCAGCUCUCUAACGAUGGAGAUUAAUAGCGAAAAUGAGGAGAAACCACUGCUUUUUACUUUAAGAAGAUUUCAGCUUUCUGAAGAUUAUGGCUUCCUUCUUCCAAAUCCUCUGAGCGAACUCCCUGCUCCCUACGGGCCUUGGAUGGAGAUUGCCAACAACCUGCCUCACCUGAUCCAGAGCCAUCAGCUCCGUUCACAAGUUUACAAGAUGCCCCAGCUGAGCAGUCAGCAUCUCAAAGGGCACCGAGAGCUGCGCUUGGCCCACCUGGCACUGAGCUUCAUCACGAUGGGGUUCGUCUGGCAAGAAGGCGAGGAGGAGACCGUCAAGCUUCUGCCACGAAACCUUGCUGUUCCCUAUUGGGAGAUCUCACAGAUGCUUGGGCUGCCUCCUAUCCUGGUCCACGCGGAUUUUGUGCUAGUGAACUGGAAGAAAAAGAAUCUUAAUGGCCCUUUGGAAAUAGAGAAUCUGGACACCAUCUUUUCCCUGCCCGGAGGGGAGAGUUUGAGAGGAUUCAUUCUAGUUACUCUCCUUGUUGAGAAGGCAGCAGCGCCUGGGGUUAAGGCAGUUGUUCAGGCAGGUCAUGCCAUCCUGCAGCCUGACAAAGAGUCCCUGCAUAAGGCCCUGCAAGAGCUGGCAAAGGCCAUUAAAGAGAUGACCGAUGCUUUGAAACGGAUGCACGACCAUGUGGAUCCAGCAAUAUUUUAUGCCGUGAUUCGGAUCUUUCUGUCUGGGUGGAAAGAUAACCCAGCAAUGCCAGGAGGGCUGAUAUAUGAAGGAGUUUCUGAUGAGCCCAUGUCAUAUUCUGGAGGGAGCGCAGCACAGAGCACAGUACUUCAUGCCUUCGAUGAGUUAUUAGCAAUUCGUCAUAGCAAGGAAAGCACUGCAUUUCUACACAGGAUGAGGGACUACAUGCCACCCCACCACAGGGCCUUCAUAGAAGAAAUCCAUUCUGCCCCUUCACUGAAGCAACAUAUACUGUCCGCUGGAAAUGAAAAGCUACGCAUAGCUUACAACCAGUGUGUGUCCGCCCUGGUGGACUUGAGAACCUAUCACAUUGCUAUUGUCACCAAGUACAUCACCACAGCAGCUGCUAAUGCCAAAGCCAAGAAAGGGAAACCAAGCCACUGGGCGGGCAGCCUUCAGAUUAACCCGCCUUCGUCGUUACAAGAGAGGGGCACUGGUGGCUCAGGCAUCCUGAGCUUCUUGAAGAGUGUCAGGGACACAACGAGAGCAGGGAUAAUCCAGGGUUAAACGCUGUCAUGCCACAUGCGUUUCACUAGGGACGAGAGGCACGCGCAAGCUUAAGACCAAAAGAGCUUUUUGUUUAAUAUUGGCACGUAGCGCAUGUGCCAGGAUCUGGCCGGGAUCACCCUAGUUGAAAGGUCCAUCCUAGGUAGAGCA